GGAACUGAACUCGUUCAUAUGUAGGGGACUUACUGUAUAUCCACACACAUACAUACAUACAUACAUACAUACAUAUACUUUUUCAGAUUCUUUUCCAUUAUAGGUUAUUACAAGAUAAAGUAAGCAAGAUUAGGAAUUGGGCUUUGGGCACAUUACAUUUGAGAAUAUAUUAACAGCCAACCAAGGUACUGAGUAAGUGGUUGGACAUUAAAUUUGGAGUUCAGUGGCGAGGUCAGGGCUGGAGAUGCAAACCUGGGAGUCAUCAGUUUAUUAAUAUAGUUUAAACCCAGAGCUCACCUAGAGAGUAAAUUAGAGAAGAGAUUCAAGGACAGCCCUUGGGCACGUCAAGGUUAAGAGGCUUGAGGAUAUGAAAAGGAUGCAGCAAAGUAGACCAAGAAAGCAACCUGUGAGUUGAACAUAAUGGCAGGCGAAGAAAUUAAUGAAGACUAUCCAGUAGAAAUUCAUGAAUAUUUAUCAACAUUUGAGAAUUCCAUUGGUGCUGUGGAUGAGAUGCUGAAGACCAUGAUGUCUGUUUCUAGAAAUGAGUUGUUGCAGAAGUUGGACCCACUUGAACAAGCAAAAGUGGAUUUAGUUUCUGCUUACACAUUGAAUUCAAUGUUUUGGGUUUAUUUGGCAACGCAGGGAGUUAAUCCUAAGGAACAUCCAGUAAAGCAGGAAUUGGAGAGAAUCAGAGUAUACAUGAACAGAGUCAAGGAAAUAACAGACAAGAAAAAGGCUGGCAAGCUAGACAGGGCUGCGGCUUCAAGAUUUGUAAAAAAUGCCCUAUGGGAACCAAAACCUAAAAAUGCAUCCAAAAUUGCCAAUAAAGGAAAAAGUAAAAGCUAACCUUUUGGUUUUGAUGUACACAUAUUCAAAAAGUACAUAAUUUUUAUUGUUUUCCACAAAAUAGAUGAUGAUUAUGUGCCAUUGUAAGGUUUAAAUGUAUUCCAUAUUGAAUUAGUGUGUAAAAUUUGCAUUUUAAAUUUGUAAUGCUAAAUACUUUUCCCCCAGAAAGAUUAAGUUAUCCUUAUUGAUUUUCCUAUAGAACAUUAUGUGGUUUUUUUAACAUUGUGGUAUAUUUUAUAUUUAUAGUUUACUGUCUCUUGACAAGACUCUUAUUUCCUUAUACAGGUCAGUUUUGCAAGUGCCAUUUUAUAAGCAACUAUGAAAUUUAAGUUAAAUGUUCUUUGCAAACAUUUGUGUAUUUUCGAUGAAUAAUGAUUUUAUGAAGUAUGCUGAAGUUUUAAAUACAUCUGUUUUCACUAUAUAAUAUUAGGAAAGAAAGAAAUGACUUAAAUGUCCAUUUUUUCUGUGAAGUUAUUUCAUUAUGCUUUCAUGAUUUUGGGAAUGACUGCUUUUUGUGAUAUUUGAAGUAUGAAAUUAAGACUUUUAAGGUUAUUCUUUAAUUCUUGGUACUUUGCCACUAUGUCCCAUUUAAAGUAAAAUAUAUUCUCAUUAACUUUAGAUGGGAAAUGAGGUUGUAUAUUGAUGGCUGAAUUUUGGCAUAAUGGCUGUACCCUAUCAGUAAAGCUGUAAGUGUUGUGUAGCUGACCUGUUUUUUAUUUUUCUUUUGAGUAAAUUUUCUCUUGAAAUUAAGAAGGUAGUUUUUAGAAAUCCUUAGGAAUGGGGGAAUUCACGAGUUUUUGUUCCUUAUGCAUAGUGCCCACAGUUCUCUUGGCCUCAUGUUUUCAGAGUUUUUUAUUGUAUGUUUCUGAGGCUAUAGCAAUUACAUAGAAGUAUUUUGGAACAACUUUGUAUGUUAUUUAAUGCCACUUAAGCAGAGGAGAAAUCCAAAGGAGAUUACAUUGUGUUUAUAUUCUGAUUUAUUUUUCUGCAGUAUUUGCUACAGAGAAUUCUAAAUAUUAAACGAUUUUUUUUAUGUCUAAGCCCAUGAAUUUUAAUUAUAUACCCUUAAUGCUUUCAGUCUUUGAAUUCACAUCAUUAUGUAUAGGAAUGCCAAGUACAGUAAAAUACUUUAAUUUUUGAAAAUGAAGUUGUUAAAAUUUUUUGUGUGACUAAUUCUCCAUAAGUAACCUUGAAUAAGUGGAUUUCUUGAUUUAUGGUAGCAGAUAUUGGAAAUGGUCUUAAAAUGUAAUGGAUUUUGUAACGCAUGUUGAACUCUUUCUGUGACACAUGAAGAGGUGGUCACUGAUAGAUGCAGAAAGACUUCUGGCUCAGAUGUCAGACGAUUUUUGAAGUGGAAGAACACUUAUAGUUAGUUCACUCCUUUUUUCACCUUCGGCUCCUCAAAAUUCAAAUUUUUUUUUUUUAAAGUAGCUUCUUCAUGAGAGAAAUAAAUGUUAUUAAGAUCAAA